CACCCACUUCUCAUCUUGUCGUUUCUCUCAGCAAACUAGUAAAAAAAGCCCGGGUUGAUAUUCUGUCUGGCAAUAAUCGCAGGGUGACAGUGCCCGUACAGACCCAGCUAGAGCGUUGGCCAUGCUGAGCCAUCCGGAAAUCUCUUAAAAGGCACCACCCACCCUGGACUAAAUUCAACCAAGAUGGACAACUCCACGCCCAACUCCGAGUCGCAAGGCGCUGCCUCACAGCCCACCAGUCCUGCGGACCUCACCAAGCUUCAGACUCUUCUACGAGCCAAGGAUGACACUCAGAGAUUUGUUGGACUGGCCCUUCUCAAAUCUGUUCUCGACAGCUCCCCCGAGCUUCGAGAUGAUGAUCAAACCGUGCAGAGCCUCUGGGCCAGUCUAUCACCAAAGUUCCUUGACCGGUUGCUGCGCACUGGAUCCAAGCCGUCCAAUACCAAUGCAAAGGAAAUGCUCGAUCUGGCCGUCUCCGUCCUGCACAUCUUUGCCAUCUUGCUCCCUGAGCGCGCGGGCAGUGACCCCAAAUUCCUUGACAGACUUCCCGGCCUUGUCAGCGCCGUUCUCUACAGCUCGAAGGAGACUACGACGAUGAUCUUGCAGGUUCUCCAUACGCUGGUUAGUUCGCAGGAUGGCGCGAAGGCGUUUGUCAAACUUGACGACAUCACCUCCCUCACUGAGAUCGCCCCAGCACAUGCCCCUGUCCUAGAUAUUCUGAGCUUUGCAUGGCUGAAUGCCAUGACUGUCGUUGAGGACCCAGCUGCCUUGGCCAGCCAGGUCGAUGCCGCGAUUCAGAGUCUCGUCUCAUCAUUUACGGGCACAGAUGCCGUCACUCUGCUCGAAUUUCUCGGCUACUUUCUGCGCCAUGCGAAUUCAAUUAUCAUCCCUCGCCAGCCUAAGUGGCUCAAGAGUGUGGUCAACUAUGUCCAAAACCUCGUCAUCAGUCGCCCAACACCCGAGGCACGAUCAGCUUACACCAACGCCGCGGCGUCUCUCCUGCAGACAUACCAGGCCGAGGUGCCAAAACUCCUCUUCAUAGACUCCAAGAAUGAUGAAAAGCCAUUCUCUUACCUAUUCGUCAACCUGCUGUUCAUUGACAUCCGGUCCUCUACCCCUACGCUCCUGGCGCAGCUCAACAAACCCGAGUAUCCCAAGGUAUCGCGAAGGCUUGCGUCUGCCUUCGACGUCAUCUCCAUAUUCGUGGGAUACCUUAUCCAGUCCCUCGAAGACGAGUCUUCGGACGCACUAGUCAUGUCGCCAGACAACCUCCUCAAGCUCCGCAAGGGCAUCUCCGAGACCAUGUCCGUUACCAUCGAGUACCUCCGUGACCGGUGGGAUGCAUCUGUUGCUGGCGCAAUGGGCCUGCACCCAGACGCCCGCGUUGGGACCACCGAUACCGUCACAGGCUCACAUCACUCCCUGGCCUGGGACUCGAUGAAAGACAAUGCUGAAGAUGACAUGCUCAUCCUUUCCGCCGUCCGAGCACUGGCUCUCUGGCUGCGAGAGGAUGACAACGAUACCCUGCGCAAGGAAACAACUGGACUAAUGGAUAUGUUUAUGGACCUCUAUCAAUCUAGCUCACAGGAUAAGCUCGAUUUCCGCUCUCCCAUCCUGGUUGCUCUCGAAGGCGUUACCGACCUUAAAAAGGGCCGCGAGUCUCUUCUCGCCAAUGACGGCUGGCAGGUUCUCUCUCGGGACCUCACCUUGAUCUUCCAGCACAGCUCGCCUACCAGCCUCGCCGCUGACGCCUCCCGCGCUACUGACAUCGUCCGCAUCCUCCUCCCCAUUGUUGAGCAGGAGACGGGUGGCAUCCCUGAGUCCUGGAUGGACCUCAUCACUGCCGUCGCUGCCUGGGGAGUCCCUGACCAGGAGCAGCCCACGUUGGAGCUUUCGGUUCAAGAGGCCCAGCUCGCUGCUUUACAGCUAUGCUGCGAAGUUCUAGUUGGCGCGAACCGUGGGAUGCGGCAGAGGUACAAACACUCUAUUGGGGCCAUUAAUGGAAUUGCUGCACAACUUGCUCGACACGUUGACCGUAAUGGUCCCCUGAGAGAGAUGUUGGAGGAUGUUCUGGCUACGCUUGGUGGCUUAGCCCAGGGUGGAUGAAUGAGACCAUGGCAUGUGUUGCGCAAAACACACACAUUACACAACUGUCUGUCUAUCUCACACGCUAUUCCCACUACCAUUUGCGGAGUACAGAGCAUCAGAAGUAGCUGAAACUGCAUUUUGCCUUGCACAAACAGGUUAGGUGCUUAUUCAGCACACCGACACACCUCACAUGUCGUCAGUGUGAUCAAAGUUCGUCUACGACGAUGAGAGAGGUCAAGUCGGUGAGGGGUAGACGGCGAGUCCGCCGAGAGAUGACGGUUAUAUCUAUUUAAGUAGACAGUUGAUCUAGGUGCAGCAUUAAAAUAUGAAACCUAGCAAAAUCAUACAAGCCAAAGAUAAAA